UUCAGAUAGAGCUGUUAUUGCUGCACGGAUAGUUUGCGACUACAGCACGCUCGAGCGCGUGUCCUCGUGCGACCUACUUAGCGCAAAUGGUACCUGGCACACACAUAGCAACCAUAUCAGACUCGUUAGCAUGUAUUUACGUAGUCUACUGACCGAGUGUUAAUGCUAAUAAAAUUUAGUUAAUCAACCAAAAACCCUUUUAUUUUACAACCACCUUGAUAGACGCCACAAAUUUGCCUAAUAUUACAAUAACAUUUUCAUAUAGCCUAGCCUACGGUUUAGCUUAUCAUAGUCUAUUAUUACGCUAUCAUUAGUCAAUUGAACGGAAAGACGGAUUUCAAAUGGCCGUUCCGAAGAAUAACAAGUGGAGUGUGUGUAAAGAAGGCAAAACUAAGAAAUAUGGAUACGCGAAGCUCACAGACCACCACGACUCAUUCACUUUCUCGAAUGGUGCUGAAAAAUCCCGUGGUUUUGACUACUCUCCCGUGGAGCCAGUUGGGGGAAGAAAACGUUCUUCCGUAGAUGACCAUUUAGAUAUGGGAGAUAUCUCAGAGGGAACAGGUGUGACCUCCAUGCUCGACAGAUUUGGUGCUGACAUAAACAAAGCUUUCGUUACAAAAAGAAAACGCCUUGAAUUGUUCACCAAGUCAUCUCUUAAGUCCAGCCACCAGGCGAUUGAGCAGAUAUGGAAAACGCAGCAGAGUGACAGAAUGAACCUGACAGAGAACUACAGCACACAAUUCAAUGCAGUUUUUCAACAAUGGGACAAUGACAUGCAGAAAUCCAAGGAUCAAGAUGAAAAAUUAGCAAACCUGUUCAGGCAGCAGCAAAAGAUGUUUCAGCAAAUGAGGACUUCACAAGUCCAGAGGCUGAAGUCUGUCAAGCAGCUCUUGGACCAGUACAUUCGAAACCUGGAGGAGCUGCAGAAGAGCCACUCUGACCACCACACUGCACUGCAGACCGAACUGCGGGAAGAGAUGACCCUCCUGCAGAAGAAGAUCCUCAUGGACACACAACAGCAGGACAUCGCCACAGUGCGCAAGUCUCUGCAGACCAUGCUGCUCUGAGGGAAACGAGGGGUGAGAUCUACACAUUUCUGAGGACCCUAGCCUGCUGCUGAUCAGUGGCCAGUCACACGUCUGCCUGUGCUUUCAUUGGUCAGCAUUUAACGGUGUCAUCAGUGACUUCACUUCCCAUUGUCUCCAUGAUCUUUACUCAAAAUGCUGUUGUUCAGUUGGUGUUAUGCAGUUGUCUGUAUGUUUGAACGGACAUUGUUUCUCACCGUGAUUAAAAGAGAUGGAAAAAGCCA